AUGUCAAUUUCAGACAUCGUCAACGGUCGCUUCAGCGAGGCAUCUGACCAGGUGUUUAGUGAUGUCGAUGGCGCCGAUGAGGUCUGCGAGAUCAUCCACCUAAACUCAUCCAGGCAGGUUGUUGACGACUUCAUUCCCAACUUGACAUUCCCACCUAUCAUCUACGGCCAAGGAAGAGGUAUCCUCAAGCAACGCACUGUUCAAAUUCCCGAGCUUGCUCCGGUGGCCAUCCAAAUUUGGGCAGCGGUUCAAGUCAGCAAGGAGGGAGUACCUGGAGCAGUCCUUACCAUCUCCGAUGUGAGUGAUGUGUUCUUAAAACUAGUUGAGAACGCCGUCAUGGGCGAAAAUGGCAACGGCAAGAUGUGGAACAAGGAGGGCUUGUAUUUUGUCGGAAGUGGCAGACUGCUCAUCGCGGAGGUCGCAUACAGGCAGAUUCCACCAUCAUUCAAAGCCCGAGCCCGAACGAGGGCAAUGAAUUAUCGGUCACGCGAACGUGUUGUGGGGUACCAAUGCACAGCAGCACUCACAACGUGCCUCUCAAGUACUUGGAUGGACACCCGGCGGUCUCUCAUUGCAGGAGGAGAUUCCGACGACAGUGAAGGAUGA